CUUUGGCUUACAUAACAUCAAUAGCUUGGCCCUAUAAAAGCGGCAAGAGCUCAGGCUUCAGAGGCAUUCUUAAAAACCGUAAAAUAAUAAUAAUCAUUUAAUAUCGUAAAAAUGGUCCGCGAACUGUCUUGCCAAUGGCAGAUUCUCAUCGUGCUGCAAAUAAUAAGCCUUUCCUCCCAAUUGAGUCACGAGUUUGUGCCUGAGAAGGAUGACUUAUUCAGUGACUGCCCGGACAAGCCUGGAUUUGAAACUGUCGAUAAAAUUGCGGAUCUUUCCCAGUUAAUCCGUAAAAAGAAUAAAAAUGGUGGGACCGAUAUACAUGGAAACAUAACUAUGAAGUGGGAUGUGCAACCUGGAGAUCGGGUCGCGACUGAUGUUACUAUAUAUAAGUUGGAAAAAGGAGUUUGGAAACCAACCGUGUUCAAAGGGAGCGAUAAAGAUUUCUGCAAGUCCUUUUAUGACAAGAACACCAUUUACUAUCCUUACUCGACCAAACACGUAAUCAACAAGGAGGAAGUCAAGGACAAGUGCAUAAACAUUCCUGGGACUGUUUUAGAUGUGGAACCCUUCCAUCUGAAAAUAUUAAUAAGCUAUGCUGUGCCCCUAACUGAGGGACGUCACAAGGCCCAAAUAUUAUUUACUGCCUUUGACAAAGGCAAUGUUAAGCGUCCUGAUGAGAUAUGCCUAGAAAUCGUUGGCGAUUUUAAAAAAGCCUAACUUUGACUUUCACCUUAUCUAUUCUAGGUUUGUUGGUUUUUUUGUUUUGUGUAUAGAGAAAAAAGAUAAGAUUAAAAAAAUCAACACAAGGUAUAUGCUACAAUACAGUUAUUAUGUGAAUAUGCAAAUAUA